AUCACACGAGGCGUCCAACUUCCUAAAUCCACGCCGGGUAGCGAAUUGCACCUUUGUGGAAUAAUACCCAUAAUUUUGAUUUGACGUCUGGGUUGGAGACGUGGUCAUACGGCAGGACCUUGUCAGGGAACCUUUGGUGAGGAUUUGUGCGUCACGGGUUCGUGUAUUUUCCUCGUGGUUGGGCUACAAUGUGUAGAGCAGACCAAAGUAGAGCAGAGGAGGGUUAGAGUUGGAGUGGUGGUGGUGAUGAGCAGGUGAUUGGUUGUGCGAGUUCGAGAAGAGCAGGAAUUUUUUACUUUUUCCUUUGAUAUUUGUUGUUUUGCCGCAUUGUCUGUUUCUGUUACUGGAUUAUAGCUUCGCUGAUGCCCGUUUGGUGUGUUGGGGUGGAGAGAAUUGUAGCGUCAUCGAAUUGUCUCGUGGGUGUUUGGUGAAUGAUUCCUGGGAAUCUUGUGAAGCGUGUUGAGUUUUGAGCGUUGGGGUGGGAGCUGGGAUUUUCCUACUGCUGCCAAUUUCGUGUGUAUAUUUCCAGGGAAGGGCUUGUGAUUGAGAAGAGAGUUUUGGAGAGUUUUCGAAUUUUGAAAGGAACAUUGGGAGACGCUGGCGAUGGCGGGCAUGGUAGUGCAAACAGCCGCGAGAAAGCUCGGUAAGACGGAGGCGAAUUGGGUAGCUGCUGUUGAUGAAGGGACAGGGAUUACGAUUAGCUCUAUUCUCUUCGAACGCCGUAUACCUGUGACCGAUCUCGAAGCAGCUCUUCGCGACGUGCUUGCAUUGCAUCCCCGUCUUAGGUCUACGAUUGAGCAAGCGCACAACGAAUUUUUCUUCCAGACGCCAGAGACAGUGAGUGUAAGCCUCUCAGAGAUUGUCUGGAGUGCUCAGGGUGAGGAAGAAGGCGAUGAGGACAACAGGGCUCAGCAGCUGUGGCAUGGGAUCACAGAAGACGAGCUAAACAUUCCAUAUCAGAAGUGUCCUGUUCCGGUUUUUGAACCUAAGCUUUACCUCCUUCCUGAAUCUCAAUCUCUUCUCGUUCUUCGCCUUCACGCCGCAGCCGCCGACAUGGCGAGUACUCCCAUCAUUAUCAAGCAGGUUGUCAGCUCUCUGUACAAGAGAUCGGGAACCGAGAAAGAGAGUGCAGAAGGCGUGGAGGAUAAUCUUGAAAAACUCAAGCUCUCAGAACCGCAGGAGGUGCUUCUGCCCUGUAUCGAAGAUGCUAUUCCUUCGGGGCAGGCGAAGAAGCCAUUCUGGGCCCACGGUGUGGACGUCGUUGGCUAUGGUUUGGUGUCGCGUCGACAUGCCUAUCUGCCCUUUGAUAACCCUGAAGGCCUUCGACAAUCCAAGCUCCUUCGCGCGGGUUUGACUGCUGAAGCCACUGAUUUGCUACUCAAGGAAUGCGAGAAGCGCAGUGUGUCAAUUCAUGGCGCGAUUAACGCUGCAGCGCUCAAGACUGUUACAGCUUACAAGCGGGUGGGACCCAGAGGCGAGCACUACGGAACAACCGUGCUGUUACAAUGUCGUAAUCGACUGCAUCCUGUUCUCCCAGAUUCUACCGUUGGUUUCUACCAUGCAGCUCUGAUGAGAACUAUCCACACCACGGAGCCUGAAUCCUUCUGGGAUCUUGCAACCCGAUGCUCAGAAGACUUCGACACUGCAAUAAAAAACCGGAAGCAUUUCACAGACAUGGGAGAUUUGAAUGCACUCAUGGUUCAGGCUAUGCGGUUUCCCAAUCUGACUCCCAGCGGAAGCCUCCGCACGUCGGUUCUGUCAACAAUGUUUACUCCCGUGGUUGAGGACCUUGGUGAAGAAGCUGCAGCAGUGGGAGUCAAAGACUACCUGUCGUGCUCGUCCACUCACGGCGUGGGGCCUUGUUUGGCCCUCUUCCCCUUCAUGCGAGAGUCCGCUCUUCAGUUCUCCUUUGUAUUCUCCUCCCCGUUGUAUUCGAGGACUUUGAUGCAGAGUCUUGUGGAUUCAAUCAUUUUCUACCUCACAGAAAAGUAGCUCUUUAAAGUGAAUUCCUCAGCAGCGUUUUAGUUGCAAGGCAUUCUUUCUGGAGUGAUUAUCUCCCAAUUCAUUACAACACUCCUACAGGUCUAUCAGAAAUAGCGGUAUUUUGAAGUAUCCUGAAGGAUUUCGCCAAAUCGAGUAAUUUGUAAAGUAACGACUGCUCAUGUAUUUGAAUGAUUUAUUCAAACCCUCCAGCGCCAAUGAUGUGCUUAUUACAAGUCAGCUCUCGAGCUACAUUCAAACUA